AUGGCUUCUUCUCCAUCUUCGUACAAGCCUCUCACAGAGGCGGGCCUGUAUGAGCAUGGCCAAGAUAGCGCUGUAGACCUUCAAGACGUCGCAGAAUCGUCAACUACACAAUCACAACUACCUCCCACAUCGCAAGUGGUACAAGAUCCCGAGAACGAUGGAACAGAAGCAGAAGAAGAUGGCGAUACCGACUUUGAGUCAGAUUCCGCGUUUGACAGUGGAAGUCUGCUUGGAGACGAGACCGACACACUGGCUUCGUCCAUACUGAAUCAUCGAAUAGAAAAUGACUUCGCGCACCACAUGUACCUCUUGACGCUAGACCAACAGCUCUACCUCGCUCCAAUACGAAGUCCACAGAACAUCUUAGAUGUCGGCACUGGCACAGGCAUAUGGGCAAUUGACAUGGCAGAUCAAUUCCCCUCCGCGACCGUCACCGGCACCGACCUCUCCCCCAUACAACCCGAAUGGGUACCGCCGAACUGUCACUUCGAGAUUGACGAUGUAACGCUAGAGUGGACAUUCCCCUCCAACCACUUCGACUUCAUACACAUCCGCGAACUGUUCGGAUGCAUACCAGACUGGGACUUCUUCUUCCAGCAAGCAUACAAGCACACGAAACCAGGCGGCUGGGUAGAGAUUGUCGAGCACUCCAUGAUGAAACCAUGGGGCCCGACCACUUUUACCACACUUGGGGGCAAAGUCGUGAUUGAGAUGGGACAAAAGUUCGGCAAGAGCUUCACAAUCUGGGAAGAAAAUGCAGAGAGGAUGAGGAAUGCUGGGUUUGUGGAUGUCGUGGAAGUACACUACAAAUGGCCAAUGAACGGCUGGCCGAAAGAUGAAAAGCUCAAGAACAUCGGUCGGUGGAAUCAAUUAAGACUGAUGGACGGCGUCGAGGGCUUUAUGCUGCGGUUAUUGACGCAAGUAGGAGGCUGGUCUGUCGCUCGAGCACAAGUGCAUCUUGCGCAAAUGCGCAAAGAGCUGAAGUCAUACGGCACACAUGCUUACCUCCCAGGUACAGUCGUUUAUGGUCGAAAGCCGCUUACAGCAUAA